GUUGUCCCUGCGACUUUUCUUCACAAGAAGAAGAACCAGGAGCAUUCGAUUUCUGUAACAGCGAAGAGAGAGUAAGAGAUGGUGUGGCAACGCCGCGUAUGGGGCGCCGUGCCCUUCACUGCCAUGGUAAUCGUUGAGUGUGCAGAAGUUGGCGUGUCGGCGUUAAGCAAAGUAGCCAUGUCGAAAGGGAUGAGCCACUUUGUCUUCAUUGUCUACUACAAUGCUCUUGGUACCCUCUUGCUCCUCCCCUUCUUCAUCUUCCGAAGAAAGAAGCGAGCUCCUUUGACUUUCAGGCUCAUCUGCCAAUUCUUUCUCCUCGGCCUAAUAGGGAGCUCAGGGAAAAUACUGUUCUUCGCCGGUGUCAAAAACAGUUCGGCUCUUCUUGCGUCAGCAAUGGCGAACCUCACCCCAAUCUUCACUUUCUUGCUUGCCCUAAUUUUCAGGAUGGAAAAGCUAGACUUGAGAAAAGCAACGAGUUAUGCCAAAUCCUUGGGCGCCAUUAUAUCAGUGGGAGGGGCAUUGAUAGUGACCCUCUACGACGGCCCUGCGCUAUUGAACUCUUCCUCGUCUUCCGGCUCGAGUCACUCGACUCAUGGAUCGUUCGUCUCACGGUCAUCGACCUGGAUCUUUGGAGGUCUGCUACUCGCAAUCCAAUGCCUCGUAGCUUCGGGAUGGAACAUCGCUCAGGCAGCCACUGUGAAGGAUUACCCUGAAGAAAUGACCAUAGUCUUCUUCUACACCAUGUUUCUGACAAUUCAAUGCACAGUUAUCUCUCUAAUUGCGGAGAGGAAUAGUAUGAGUGCAUGGAAACUGGAGCUUCCCAUUGAGAUAAUCGCCAUUGUGUACGCGGCAAUCUGUGUGAGUGUGUUUCGCAUCAGUGUUCAUGUCUGGUGCUUGCACAAGAAGGGCCCUGUUUACGUAGCCAUGUUUAAGCCCUUAGGAAUCGCCAUUGCGGCAGUCCUGGUGGUUGUUUUCCUUGGCGAAACCUUUUAUCUCGGCAGUUUGAUUGGUUCUAUUGUGAUCUCGGUGGGAUUUUAUACCGUGAUAUACGCAAAAAUGAAGGAGAAAGCGAUGGCGGAUAAUGAGGCAGUUCAACCAUUAAAACCGUCUGAUCAAAUCCAAAUGGCUCCUCUCUUGCCAAGCAGUAUCAGUAACGAAUUGUGAAGAGGCUAAUGCCCGGAAAUUGGAGGGGCCAUAGUGAAAGUAACAAGAAUGUGUAAUAGGUAAUACCAAUAUUUUUUUGGCAUGAAUGUGAGGCAUGUCAAGCUCGGACUUGUAUUGUAACAUUUAUUCAAAAUUGAUUUACAUGUUAGGUAUACAUUUAGGGUAGUAAUUUUCGCACUCAAAUUUAAUGAGAGUUUCUAGUCAUACUCAAAUUUUGUC